AUAAAUUUGCAUACCUAUCUCUGUAUCUCUUUCGUCUUUCUUUCUCUUUCGUUUGUUAUCUAUUAUUUCAUACAUUAUUUUGUCUCCUUUCUAUCUUUUGUUUCUUCUCCUAGAUGCGUGUACUUUUUCAUUGAAAACAUAAAAUUCGUCCGGAGAAGUCGACGAAAUGCACAAAGAAGAGUUUCAAACGGUAAGGCUCGCCCAUGCGACCACCGUAUCGAUCGAUUCGUCAUCGUUCCACGCGAACAUUCAGGUGUGGGAGUACCUCUAUACCUGACGUGCACCUGGCGCGCGUUUGUUUGUAGUAACGAGUUGCGACAUGUUGCUUGCAAACUGCACGACGAAUCAGCGCGGCGUUCGCGAGGUCGAAGGCUCAGAAUGACACCGAGACGGAGACGGUAAGCGGGACAGAAUCGUGCUGUUCGUCGACAGCACCGAGGGCAAACUCGUUCGCAUCGUAAGUGAUGAAUCGAUACGCAAGUGGAACACACGCGAUGCUCUCUUUUGAGCGACCUUAAUCGUCAGCUAACGACUCAUUGUCGAUUCUGGAGGCGUAGAGAGAGUCGAGGAAAAGAUGGCUUCGAGGGGUAGGAUACUGAAGCGAUCGCGGCAUGUGUCGUCCUUCCUGGAGGAGUCGAUGGAGAGCGCGACUCCGUCGAAGACGACAGUGGAUGUCGUCGUAGACGUUCACAACGAGGGUGAACGCUUGCAACAAGACAACGAGAGCGUCCCCGUGGCUGAAUCCUCCGACGAGAAAGAAGCCAAACAAUCGGAGAGAUCUGACGGUUCCAAGGGUUCGUCAAAGCAAGUGAGCGAGGCGCCUCGUGAUCGUCGCGUCGUCGUAACCAGGACUCGUCUCGACGAAACGCGAGAUCGUGUGACACUGGAAUCAUUCGAUUUGAUCGAAGAGAUCGGCGCACCAGAGAGAAGUUCGAAGACGCCGGAGGAGAUCGAGCCUUUCCCCGAGGUGAAACCACGCCGAAGGAAACAGUGGAGCACCGUGAAUGUGGCGAGCGAGCCGGAAGACAUUUCGAGAAGGCAACCGCGGAAACGCUGGUCCAAAGACACCAGUGUGAUCCGACUGCCUGAAACGCGCGAUUCAUCUCCGUUGAUUGACAAUGGCGAUGUCGAGGAGCCGCGUAAACCGGUCCCGGCACCGCGGUCUAACGUGCGGCGGAACGCCUUUUUCUUCGACAACCCGGCGUUCGUGUCCGAAAAUGAGGAGGUUCUCAGGAUCGAAACUGAUCAUCAGCGAGAGAGCACAAAGAUCGAGAUGAGAAGAAUGAGUGAUCGUUCGUCGAAUGUUGAGGACGUUGAAGAGACGCGGACGAGCGGCACGUCCAGCGGCUCCCUGAAGAAGAACGCUCAGGAGACGAGCAUGAGAAGCAAACGUGAGCGUUUCGCGGACAGCGGUGCUCGCUCCACGAGGACAAGCAGGUCCUCGGGAAGCAGGAAGAACAGCACCGGUGAGAUGAAUUCGUCGUCGAGCCUGGGAAAGGUCACCGAUAUUCAAUCGAGCUCGAUCACUUAUGAGGAGACGUCGACGGGUGACAAGAAAUACCCAGAAGCGAUUCAGGAUCGGGGAUUGAGGAAAAGGGAACGAUCUCUGUUCAGGAAGAAGGACGUUCUCUCGAACGACGAAAAGGUCAGCUCGUCUGCGAAGGAUGGGCGAUCCACCGGUGACACUGAGGCGGAUACGAGAGUCCGGAGGAAGAAGAGGAAGAAGCGAAAACAGGGGAAGGAAGAUAGGGAUAAGGAAAAGAGCGACAAGCGUGAAGAAGCGGAAGUCAAAUACAUUUCCGUGACAGUUCAUAGAACGGACCUGCUGGAAGCGGAUUACGCGAACGCUAAACGACCAAUGGUGAAGGUACACAUUGUGGACGCACGUACGGGCAAUUAUCUGAGGAGCACGGACAAUUGCGAAAACGUUAGUGUAUUCCUCCAGCCGAUGAUUACCGGCAAGUUCGACUUUAAAGAGAACCGCUCGAUGAUACCGGUUUGGGAGGAGGAGCUCAUCUUUGAGCACGACUUCAACGCGAUCACAAGACGCAACGAGAAUAGUCAAGUGGUAAUCCUCUUCGAGGUGAUAGACCCGCUGAGUUUUGCCGAGGCGAGCUUCAGUUACGACAGAUUCGGUAACGAAGGGUGUUGGAACAAAAUAGCCUGGGCAUUUCUUAAGCCAUUAGGGUGUAAUGACACUCUUCACACGGACAAAAAAAUACGGCUACAACUUUACAAACCCAGGCGAAGUUUUAAGAAAUACGACAGGCACAAAUGCGAGGUGUAUGCGUGGUGGCAAUCAAACAAUAGGGACAAAUAUCCCAGUAGCCUCUUCGUAACGGUAACUUCCGUGUCACCGCCGAAGGUCAAACCAGUGUUGUAUCGGCAAUUAGCGAUGAAAGAUGUCUAUGAUACACGAAGCGACCUGCAACACUCGUACGCGCGUACCUCGACCGCUCUCAGUUUACCGAAAUGGGCACGCUUGGCCGCACAGUCGUGUAAAAUUCCAAAUGAGAAGGUAUUCGAGACGGAAACGAGCGAGAACGGAUGUUUCUACGUGGCGUUCAGCAGCGACGGCAAGUAUUUGGCUUGCGUCCAUUCCGAGGAGUACAGUUAUCCCGUUGUCGUUUACGAGGUCGAAACCGGCAAGAUUCACGUGCGAUUUCUCGGCCACAAGACCUUCGUCUAUUCUCUAAGCUGGUCUAGCGACGAUCGCUGUCUGUUGUCGGCGUCCGCGGAUCAAACGGCACGUAUCUGGGAUGUUCGCAAUCGGAUUGUACAACAAGUCGAGAUGCUGCCGCAUCCCACGUACGUAUAUUGCGCCAAGUACGCACCCGGCAACACGACGAUCGUGGCGACGGGAUGUUACGAUCGCAUAGCACGCAUCUGGGCGAACGACAAGCGAUCGCGGGAGCGAGUACUGUGUCAGGAGCUGGAAGGUCACGAGGGUUUCAUCAAUUCCGUGGUUUUUCAAAAGAGCGAUGACUUGAUCACGGCCGACAGUGUGGGUAUGAUAAUCGUCUGGUCGGCACGGAAAAACAGCAAGAUGCCGUCGAAGCGUGAAUGGUUUAUCGCGAGGAGAAUAAAGGUACGGGAGAUCGAAGGGGUAGUUAUCAACACGAUCGCCUUACAUCCUCUUGAAUCCAGACUCUUGGUGCAUUCGAGGAACAGCGGGCUGCGAAUGUUGGACAUUGCAACCGGUGUGGUCUUGCAGAGAUACGAUGGACUGAACAAUCAAAAGGUUCAGACGAAAGCGUGCAUCUCUCCAUGCGGCAGUUUGGUCUUUUGCGGCGGUGAGGAUUCGGUACUGAACGUCUGGCAUUUGGAGACUGGCGAGCACCUAGCUAAAUACACGAACGAACGCGACUAUCGAGCAGUUACGUGCGUGGACUAUCAUCCGUAUAACCACGUUUUGGCGUAUUCUGGCUUUGGAGGUCCAACAGCAGUCCGAGUGUUAAGGUUCAACAAGGACGCGAGUAACAACGACGUCGGUCUGAUGAUCAUAGCCGAAGCGCGAAACUCAAGAGAACAAUCGAUUGAUAGUAAUCAUAGAUUCAGAUCAACUGGCUCUCUUAGGAACGCACAACAAUCAAAGUCGUAUACGUCGCGAUUGUUACUUAACGAGUUUGACGAGACCGGAUUACAAACAACAUCCAGCGACGUUCUUGAGCCACAACGCAGAGAACGACAUUGCAGAGAUGAUCUGUACGUGAACGAGACACGACGCAGAAUACACCACUGGCCCGAGAAUCUACAGUCGAUCUUGGCAGGGACGACACCAAACGUCAUGCAGCAGUUCAACGGAAGCGUAGAGGCGGCAGAAGAGGGACGUGCGGGUGUAACGGAAGAACUACAACUCAGAGACAUGUUGAGGACUUUGCGCUUGCAAAGACCUCGCAGCUCUGAUCUGCCUCCUGGCGUGUGUCUCCCUCGGGAUGCAACUGACACGAUCGGUGAAACGAGUAGGUCGGAGACUUCACGUGGAAAUAUGCAAAACAAAUACAGAACACGUGCUACAAACAGUGCGGGGCAUAAGGAAAAUGUCGAGAAAAGGCAUUCGCCGCGUCGAUUUUCCGCUGAUGUUAUCAUCGAUGUGGAUCCCCCGAAUCUCGAGCAGACUUCGAGAAGCGAUAGUUCGCCACGGAGCGACGGAACCUUUGUUAUAACUAGGGAACAUCUUAACCAAGAAGUUUAGACAACAUAUAUGUAUAAAAAUGAUUUCAGACACCAUGAAAAGACGUCUAUCACAAGACAUUUUCAAGAUCAUGUGGAGCAGUCUAUAUUACCGAUUGUAAUAUUCAUGUAUGCGUUGCUACAACAAAUGACGUAAUAAUCUGAUAGUUUUCGUGAGCGUCGUGUAUGGGGAGAGUUUGUGGAGACCUCGGAGAAACUUACAAUCAGACUGUGGACAUUGCUUAUGUGACGGUCGAUUUUUUUGAGUUGCUAUGUCGAAUGAUACUUUUCUUCCAAGGUAAAACACUCAAUUAUUGACAUUCUCUUGGCUAUUCGUUCUAGAAAAAAAAGAGAAUCUGGUUUUUAUUCAUACAAUCAGUAUUGUAGUUAAAUGUAUCGUUGUUAACUUCUUACUUGCAUUUGAUGAAUCCAAAAGAGAACUUCAUCACUUAAAUCGUGAAUAAUUGCUAUUGAUCAUAUGGAAAACCAGAGUGUUCUCCUAGAGUGUCAAUAAGCUAAAGGGGACUAACAAUUGGGUGUUUUAUCCCAUGUACGGUUCUUUAAAGUAGGCAUGAUCAAUCUCGUGCUCUGGAACCAUGAUGUUCCCCUUCUCUGUCCUCUCGCGAAGUAAGAUGGAGAAAAAGUGAAAUGAAACAGACACAGAUAGAGAGCAAUUUAAAGAUAGAAAAGAGCAUCAGCGUUUGAGAAUGGAGGAAAGAGACUCCUCUACUUGAAGAGGUUGAUCAUGUUGCUUUAAUAUUUUACCGACAACAUCGUUAACUACAGGCAGUCAUCGAUAUCUAAUUUUUACCUGAGCAGGGCGGAUGAGCAAACGCGUAUUUUUGAUCGUAAUUCUCCAUCGAUUACAGCACAAUGAAUACUAAGUAAAAUAAUAAGUAAAACAUGUGCUUCCCCUUUCUAAUGCCCAAAUGACGCCAAAUGUCAAAGCUCUAGUGUUUUAAUGUCCCAAUAUCAAUAUCGUGUACAUGUAUAUGUCUAAAAGUAGUCUUAAGCAGGACGUCAAAGAUGUUUUUUUAACAACUUUGUAAGACGCCUCUUCGGAAUUUUAAGACAUUACAAAGUAAUAUCUGGAUACAUAAUGUGGCGAUACAAAAUGUAAAUAUGUUGUACAAAAUAUAAGAUUUGUUCGUUUUUGAGAUA